GGCCCAUUUUCUCCGUCAUCUUCAGUGUCCAAACUCGCCAACCCUGCGCCGCCUGGCUCCUCCGACGGGUUCAGACAGCCAAUUGGAAAAGCCGGCGUAAUCAUCGUUUCACUUUACUCGUGUAUUUCACUUCACCGAAUGCGAAUCACUUGAACACCACAGCCAACCGUUAAACCAGUGAUGCUGCUGCGAAUUGGCUACUUAUCCUUCUUCACUAAAACCCCCUCUUUGCUGGCUCAUCACAGGCCUCGAUUCCCCCGUCGGCUCCUUCGAUAUUGCUCUCUCAACCCCGAAAAUGGUGCCCUUGGCACUACCAAUCGCUUCUCCAUGAGCCAGUUCACCCGCCUUUCCACCGCCGAGGCGUUAAUUCGAGAACCCAUCUCCGCCGAAGCGCUGCCGCUGUCCAGCAAGGCGAAGAAGAAGGCCCGACGCGAGGCUCCCGAAGCGGUGCUCAAGCACAAGCUCGACAUGUGCUCGAAGAACGGCGACGUGGUCGAGGCCCUUCGCCUCUACGACGAAGCCCGGGCCAAAGGAGUCCCUUUAGCUCAACACCAUUACAAUGUUUUGCUGUAUUUAUGCUCUUCUUGUGGAGAUUUGUGGUUGGAGAGAGGGUUUGAGAUUUUCAGGCAAAUGGGAGUUGAUAAGGUUGCUCCAAAUGAGGCUACUUUCACGAGUUUGGCGAGGUUGGCUGUUGCGAAGGAGGACCCGGAAAUGGCGUUUGAUUUGGUGAAGCAGAUGAAGGGUUGCGAUAUUGCGCCCAAGUUGAGGUCAUAUGGGCCGGCAUUGUUUGGUUUUUGCAGGAAGAGGAUGGCUGAUGAGGCUUACGAGGUUGAUGCCCACAUGGCUGAGUCCGGGGUUUCAGCUGAAGAACCCGAGCUUUCGGCGCUCUUGAAGGUCAGCGCCGAAACUAAGAGGGCUGACAAAGUUUACGAAUUGCUGCACCGCUUGCGAGCCACGGUCAGGCAGGUGGCGGAGGAGACAGCAGGAGUUGUGGAGGACUGGUUCGGGUCAGAAAAGGCUGCUGAGGUCGGGGAGGUGAAUUGGGAUGUGAGCAGGGUGAAAGAAGGGGUAGUGAAGGGAGGAGGGGGUUGGCACGGCCAGGGGUGGCUUGGAAGUGGGGAAUGGAGAGUUGUGAGGACUGAGAUGGAUCAGACAGGCAUGUGCCAAUCAUGUAAUGAGAAGCUUGUCUGCAUUGAUAUCGAUCCAAAAGAGACGGAAAACUUUGCUACUUCAUUGACCAAAUUAGCCUGCGAGAGAGAGGUUAAGGCUGAUUUCAUGCAGUUUCAGGAGUGGCUUCAGCGGCGUGGUCCAUUUGAUGCAGUUAUUGAUGGUGCAAAUGUUGGUCUUGUCAAUCAAAACAAUUUCAGCUUUUUCCAGCUUAAUUCUGUUGUGAAUCAGCUGCGUCAAAUGAGCCCGUUGAAGAGAUUACCGCUUGUUAUUUUGCAUAGAAGUCGUGUAACUGGCGGUCCAUCUCAGAAACCUAAUAAUAAGAAAUUGUUGGAAGGUUGGAAAAAAUCUGGUGCACUCUAUGCUACUCCGCCUGGAUCAAAUGACGAUUGGUACUGGUUAUAUGCCGCCGUUAGUUGUAAGUGUUUGCUGGUGACUAACGAUGAGAUGAGGGAUCACUUGUUCCAACUGCUAGGGACUAGCUUCUUCCCAAGAUGGAAAGAAAAACAUCAGGUCCGGUUGACAGUUUCAAGACGUGGCCCUGCCCUCCACAUGCCUCCACCAUACUCAAUUGUCAUUCAGGAAUCUGAGCUGGGCAAUUGGCAUGUACCAACGGUUGUCGACGAUGACCUUGAGAAACCCCGGCUGUGGGUCUGUGCCACCAGGCCCAGGGAUGCUUCUUCGGCCCAUCUUUAACUUUGUACAAAGGGGGGCGGCUCUAAUCUUUGUUUUUGAAGCGCCUCUUGAUUAGAUAAGUUAUUACUCUUUUUUGAGUAUUUUUUAGUGGCACCCGAGGUGUGACGGUGCAAGUUAAAAAAAAAAAAAAUUAAAUGAAGGUUCAUCAUACAUAGUAAUUGUCAAUUGUAAUGUAAUUUUUUAUAUUUUUUAAGCCAAACUUAAAUGAAGAUUAUAUUUAAUGUGGUGGUAAAUUUGAUUAUGUUGUAAUUUAAAGGUGAAAUUUAUAUA